UUUUGCUUUCAUUUACUGUCAGUUCGUCGCAGUUCAGUCAGUUUGGCAAAAGCUCUUGAGGAAGGUGUUAUGUUCGCAAAAGUUAACCUCUAUGUACGUGUGCUUUUUCGGCACUUGUCAAAUUCCACGAACUUUUGAAAAAUUUCCAUCGCUUCGCCGAAGAACAAGAAAACCAGACGAGUCUCAGGACACUCGAGAGCAGUUUCCAAUUUUACAUUUCGGAAAGAAGCGUGGAACUCUGGACUUUUUAUAAGUUAUGACAAGUAUGAGGUGAAACAAUCUCGAGGAUGAUCCUCCGGUUGAGCCGCGGCGGCCCACGCCGGGCAGCCUUUUACGCCAUUCUCCUGCUGUUCGUAGCAGCGGUCCUGUUCCGCAUUUGUAUACUUCGGCUCACGGAAAAUGAUCCUGCCAUGGUGUCGCCGAGCAAGUUCGUGGUGGGUCCCGACCACAAAAUCUACGAAUACAACAGGGACAUGCCGCUCAUCUUCAUAGGGGGAGUGCCCCGCUCGGGCACCACUCUCAUGCGUGCCAUGCUGGACGCACAUCCCGACGUGAGAUGUGGCCAAGAAACCCGCGUGAUUCCGCGCCUCCUGCAGCUGCGCUUCCACUGGCUCAAGUCCGAGAAGGAAUCUCUGCGCCUUGAAGAGGCCGGAAUAACAAAAUCGGUCCUCGAUUCGGCCAUCGCCGCUUUCACGCUCGAAAUAAUAGUAAAACACGGAGAGCCGGCUCCACGUCUCUGCAACAAAGACCCGCUCACAAUCAAAAUGGGCACUUACGUCGUGGACCUCUUCCCCAACGCCAAGUUUAUUUUUAUGGUGCGAGACGGACGUGCCACGGCGCACUCGAUCAUCACGCGGAAAGUCACCAUCACUGGCUUCGAUUUGACCAGUUACCGGCAAUGCCUGAAAAAGUGGAACAGUGCCGUCGAAGCGAUGAACAAUCAGUGCAAAGAACUGGGGCCGAAUAGGUGUCUGAAGGUGCCCUACGAACAGUUGGUGCUGCAUCCCAGGAAGUGGAUGGAGAAAGUGCUCAAGUUCUUGGACAUUCCGUGGAACGAGUCCGUGCUGCACCACCACGAGUUCAUCAAUAAUGGUGUCAGCUUGAGCAAGGUGGAGCGUUCCUCCGACCAGGUGAUAAAGCCGGUCAAUCUAGAAGCUUUAACAAAGUGGGUGGGCAGCAUCCCCGACGACGUGGUCAAAGACAUGGCCGAGAUUGCGCCCAUGUUGUCAGUAUUAGGCUACGACCCAUACGCUAAUCCUCCGAACUACGGCAGACCCGACGACGUCGUCGCGACCAACACGAAAGACAUCCAAAAGCACAAAGGAGACUGGGAGAAGAAAGCCAAAGAAAUGUUCAAUAACAGGUGGGAGGAGGGCGGCGGUGGAGAUACGGCCCUCGACAAAGAGCCCAGUGAUAACCCAAACAAUACCACGUGAUAAUACGUGUACACAGUUAGGUGUUUUCAAUUCGAUUGUGUGUGGACCAAGACGGCCGAGUGACUUAUUCGUGUGAGAAGACGGUGCUUUUUGAUGUAUUGUGACCAGCCAGUAUCAGAACUCUAUUUAAUUUAUUUAUAAUUGUUUGACUUGUUUGACACGUUAUUUGGACUAACGAGUCUGUUGAUUGGAUUUGUUUCAUUGCAACUAACUUUGUUACAUUUUGUAAAUUUUUCCCAAAUUUGACUUCUUGAAUAAAUAUUUUAUUACAA